CCCCUUUCCGUCAGUGAAAAGCUCGGAAAAGGGAGUUUUUCCCUCGCGGCGGUUCCCAGCCGCCCCUUCCCUUUCCGCGGCGGAAGGAGACGUCUCCGUGAGGGCAGAGCCGCAGCACCGCUGCGCUUGCGCAGUGUGUCCAUCCGCGCGGGGAGGGGGCGGCUGUGUGAGGAACCCAAGAUGGCGGCGGCGGCGGCGGCCCGAGCGGGGGGACCGGGCAGGCCUCGGGUGUGAGGCGGGUGCAUCGCGGCGGGUCCCCGCUGCAAAGCCCCCUUCGGAGCGGUUCAGGGAGGGGAGCGGGACGCCGUGGGGGGGUGAGAGGGAGCAGCGGAGACAUUGAAUUAUUCCCCCUCGGAUCGGGGAGGGAGGAAAGGGGGGUGGGGGGGGGCGGUCCGAGGCCUUGUGAGGGGGGGCGGCGGGGGCCUUUAUGGCCCCCUGAGGGGGUUCCCCCCGCGGGGUAGCGAGGGAAUACCCCCUCCCCCCUUCUCCCUCCCCACCUUUUAGUGGGGAGGAUGGAAGAGGGGGAGCAGCAACAGCGGGGAGGGGGCGGGUGGGCUGAGUGGGGAUCCGCCCCGGGGGGGUCCCCGGCUUGGGGAACCCCCCCUCACCCCUCCCCAGCAGCGCCGGAGGGGGAUGAAGAAGCUAAAAGGAGUCGAGGUGGCGAAUGGGGGGGCCAGGAAGGCAGCGGAGAGUCAGUUUCGACCCGUUCGUCAUCAUCGUCGUCCUCGCUCCUUAAAGUCGGGGGAGGGGGCGAGGAGAGGGCGGCGGGGACCCCUCGGCCCGUGAAAAGCCUCGGGGGGAAAAGCGGAGGCGGCGGGGGGAAAGGAACUGGCGGGCGAACCCCGGGGGGAGAGGAACGAAGCCCCCGCAAGACCCCCGAGGAACGAGGGACCCGCGGCGGGGAUCGGCAGGGAAGCGAGGACAAAACGCGGAGACCCUUCGGAGGUCCCCGAGGUGGUGGUGGGGGAGGAGGGGGAGAAAGAGAAACCCCCCGGGGUCCCUCAGCUUGUGGGGAGCAACGAGGGGACUGGGGGGCUCAGUGGUUAUCGGCGAGCGGAGACUUGGAACCCCCCGAGGACUUUUUACCCCCCCCGGAAUGCCCCGUUUUUGAGCCGAGUUGGGCGGAAUUCAGCGACCCGUUGGGUUACAUCGCCAAGAUCCGACCCAUCGCCGAGAAAAGCGGCAUCUGCAAGAUACGACCCCCCGCCGACUGGCAGCCCCCCUUCGCCGUGGAAGUCGACAACUUCAGGUUCACCCCCCGCAUCCAGCGCCUCAACGAGCUGGAGGCCCAGACCCGGGUGAAGCUGAACUACCUGGACCAGAUCGCUAAGUUCUGGGAGAUCCAAGGUUCCUCCCUCAAGAUCCCCAACGUGGAACGACGCAUCCUGGACCUCUACAGCCUCAGCAAGGUGGUGAUGGAGGAAGGGGGCUAUGAAGCCAUCUGCAAGGACCGUCGGUGGGCCAGGGUGGCCCAGCGCCUGUCCUACCCCUCGGGGAAAAACAUCGGGUCCCUGCUCCGGGCUCACUACGAGCGCAUCAUCUACCCCUACGAGAUGUACCAGUCUGGGGCCAACCUGGUGCAGUGCAACACGAGGCCCUUUGAGAGCGAGGAGAAGGACAGGGAGUACAAACCCCACAGCAUCCCGCUGCGACAGUCCGUCCAGCCCUCCAAGCUCAACACCUACGGCCGCCGGGCCAAGCGCCUGCAGCAGGAGCCCGAGCCGACGGAGGAGGACAUCGAGAAGAACCCGGAGCUGAAGAAGCUGCAGAUCUACGGCGCCGGCCCCAAGAUGUUGGGCUUGGGCUUGGUGGCCAAAGACAAGACUCUGCGUAAGAAAGAUAAAGAGGGUCCCGAGUGUCCUCCCACGGUGGUGGUGAAGGAGGAACCGGCGGCCUCGGAGGCCAAGGUGGAGCCGGCGUCUCCCCGCGGCUUCCCGGAGGGGAAAGAGGAGCUGAGGCACAGCCCCGAGCCCUGCACCAAGAUGACGAUGCGCCUGCGCCGCAGCCACAGCAACAGCCAGUUUGUGGAUUCCUACAUCUGCCGCAUCUGCUCGCGGGGGGACGAGGACGACAAGCUGCUGCUGUGCGACGGCUGCGACGACAACUACCACAUCUUCUGCCUCCUGCCCCCGCUCCCCGAGAUCCCCAAAGGCAUCUGGCGCUGCCCUAAAUGCGUCAUGGCGGAGUGCAAACGACCCCCAGAAGCUUUUGGGUUCGAGCAAGCGACGCGGGAGUACACGCUGCAGAGCUUCGGGGAGAUGGCCGACUCCUUCAAAGCCGACUACUUCAACAUGCCUGUCCACAUGGUGCCCACGGAGCUGGUGGAGAAGGAGUUUUGGCGGCUGGUGAACAGCAUCGAGGAGGACGUGACGGUGGAGUACGGCGCCGACAUCCACUCCAAGGAGUUUGGCAGCGGCUUCCCCAUCAGCGACGGCAAGAGGAAGCUGUCGCCCGAGGAGGAGGAAUACGCCGGCAGCGGCUGGAACCUGAACGUGAUGCCGGUGCUGAAGCAGUCGGUGCUGUGCCACAUCAACGCUGACAUCUCGGGCAUGAAGGUGCCCUGGCUCUACGUGGGAAUGGUCUUCUCGGCCUUCUGCUGGCACAUCGAGGACCACUGGAGCUACUCCAUCAACUACCUCCACUGGGGCGAGCCCAAGACGUGGUACGGGGUCCCCUCCUUUGCGGCCGAGCACCUGGAGGAGGUGAUGAAGAAGCUGACGCCGGAGCUCUUCGAGAGCCAACCCGACCUCCUGCACCAGCUCGUCACCCUCAUGAACCCCAACACCCUGAUGGCCCACGGGGUGCCUGUCGUCCGGACCAACCAGUGCGCCGGCGAGUUCGUCAUCACCUUCCCCCGCGCCUACCACAGCGGCUUCAACCAGGGCUACAACUUUGCUGAGGCCGUCAACUUCUGCACAGCUGACUGGCUGCCUGCAGGCAGACAGUGCAUCGAGCACUACCGGCGCCUUCGCCGUUACUGCGUCUUCUCCCACGAGGAGCUCAUCUGUAAGAUGGCAGCUUGUCCCGAGAAGCUCGACCUCAACCUGGCUGCUGCCGUCCACAAAGAGAUGUUUGUGCUGGUGCAGGAGGAGAGGAAGCUCCGGAAGGCUCUGCUGGAGAAGGGGAUCACAGAGGCAGAGAGGGAGGCGUUUGAGCUGCUGCCCGACGACGAGAGGCAGUGUGACAAGUGCAAGACGACGUGUUUCCUGUCUGCCCUGGCCUGUUAUGACUGUCCCCAGUGCCUCGUCUGCCUCUACCACAUGGAUGACCUCUGCAAGUGCCCCCGCAGCAAGCAGUACCUCAGGUACCGCUACACGCUGGACGAGCUGCCGGCCAUGCUGCACAAGCUGAAGGUGCGAGCGGAGUCCUUCGACACCUGGGCCAACAAAGUGCGCGUGGCGCUGGAGCUGGAGGACGGCCGCAAGAGGACGCUGGAGGAGCUGCGGGCGCUGGAGUCAGAGGCGCGGGAGAGGAAGUUCCCCGAGAACGAGCUGCUGCACCGGCUCAAGGGCUGCCUGGCGCAGGCCGAGCGCUGCGUCUCCGAGGCCCUGGGGCUCAUCAGCUCGCAGGAGACGGGGGUCCCUCCUCCAUCUCUGUCGGUGGAGGAGCUCCGCGCCUUCCUGGAGCAGAUGAACCAGCUGCCCUGUGUCAUGCACCAGCUCGGGGAGGUCCAGGCUCUGCUGGAGCGCGUGGAGUCUUUCCAAGCCGAGGCGCGGUCGGCUCUGGAGUCGUCGCCGUUGGGUCUGGGGGCUCUGAGGAGUCUCCUGGAGCGAGGGGCCCGCCUGGGGGUGGAGGUGCCCGAGAGCCAGUGCCUGGAGCGGCAGCUGGCGCAGGGCACGUGGCUGGAGGAGGUGACGGCCACGCUGCGCUCGCCCUGCGCCCGCGUGCCCCUGCCCGUCAUGAGGGGCCUCAUCCGCGCCGGCCGCACCGUGGCCCCCAGCCCCGCCGUGGACGUGGCCAUGGCCGAGCUGCAGGAGCUGCUCACCAUCGCCCAGCGCUGGGAGGAGAAGGCGCAGAUGUGUCUGGAGGCCAGGCAGAAGCACCCCCCGGCCACCUUGGCCGCCAUCAUCCAGGAGGCCGAGAACAUCCCGGCGCUGCUGCCCAACAUCCAGGCGCUGAAGGAGGCACUGGACAAGGCCCGGGCCUGGAUCGCUGAUGUGGAGGAGAUCCAGAACGGCGACCACUACCCCUGCCUGGACGACCUGGAGGGGCUGGUGGCGGUGGGCCGGGACCUGCCGGUGCGGCUGGAGGAGCUGAGGCAGCUGGAGGUGCAGGUGGGCACCGCUCACUCCUGGCGGGACAAGGCUUCCCGCACCUUCCUCAAGAAGAACUCCUGCUACACCCUGCUCGAGGUGCUGUGCCCGUGUGCUGACGCUGGCUCAGACAGCAGCAAGCGGCUGCGCUGGCGCCAGGAGCCGGGGCUCUACCGGCUGGACGCUGAGAGUUUGGGGCUCUCUGCUCAGGACCUGAGGGACCCCGGGGCUGUGAUCGUGGCCUUCAAGGAGGGGGAGCAGAAGGAGAAGGAGGGGAUGCUGCGCCUGCGCCACGCCAACGCCCACAAACCCACCCCCCCGCUGCCCGGCCCGGGCCCGGGUCCCCCUUCCUGUGUCUGUGGCCAGCCAGUAGCUCCCAGUAUGCUCCAGUGCCAGCUCUGCCAGGACUGGUUCCACGGUUCCUGCGUGGCUUGGCCACGUCUCAGCACCCAAAAACCAUCCCCGGCCUGGUGGGAAUGGGACGCCAAAUUCCUCUGCCCGCUCUGCCAGCGCUCGCGCCGGCCCCGGCUCGAGACCAUCUUGGCUUUGCUGGUGGCUCUGCAGAAGCUGCCGGUUCGGUUACCCGAGGGGGAGGCUCUGCAGUGCCUGACCGAAAGAGCCAUCACCUGGCAGGACCGAGCCCGGCAGCUCCUGGCUUCCCCCGACGUGGCCGCCGCGCUCGAGAGGCUGACGGCGCUCCGGCACCGGCUGCUGCACGGCGACGGCGGCGGCACCGCGGCGCUGCGGGAGGCCACCCGCAACGAGCAGCAGAAGGUGCCGGUGGAGAACGGGGAUCCCCUGAGCCCGGAGAAGAACAGCCCCCUGCCCUCAGAGCUGGAGGCGCUGAGCCUGGCGCUGCCGCGGCUGCCGGGGCCGGUGCUGGAGCUGGCCGAGGCGUCGCGGCGGCAGCUGGAGGAGCUGAUGAUGGAGGGGGAUCUGCUGGAGGUGACGCUGGACGAGGCUCAGACCAUCUGGAGGCUGCUCCAGGCCACGCGCCCGCCCCCUCUCGCCCUCUUCCGCCUCCUCCUCGAGCUGGAGCAGGCCGAGCGUCGGGGGGCUCGCACCCGCGGCCGGGACCCCGAGAAGCGUCGGAAACGUCGGGCAGAGAGGGGGGAUCCCCCCCCCACCGUGGCCAAGGAGGAGCUGGAGCCAAAGAGGAGUCGGGGUCCCGAGGGAGGGACCCCCCGGGACAGCCCCCCGCCCGGUCCCCACACGCUGGGGGACUCGUGACGUGGACCCCCCCCCAGUUUGGACACAGACGCAACCGCCAGCGGUGGGAGGGAUCUGGGGGGCUUGGGGGUGUCCCCCACACCCUGGGGGGUCUCUCACCCCCCCCGGACUGCGAUGUUGGGGGGGGGAGGGUGGGAAGAGUGGGGGGGUGUCCCCCCCCUUUCUCCCCCUCCCCCCUCUGUGAUGUAAUUAUUUGAGUUGAUUUCUUUUGUAUCGUAGCCCCGGGGGGCAAAGGGGGGGCACACACAGGGGUCUCCCCCCCCAAAACUGGGGCAGGGGAGGGGGGGGACACCCCACCAGCACAGCAGGGCCAGACCCCUCACUCCCCCCCCCCACAUUGGGUUUUUUAUAGGAUUGGGGGGGAGGGGGGGCAGAUUUGGGACCCCUCUGUGCCCCCUCCCCCCCCAUUGCCGCCGACACUAACAGUCUUGGGCUCCCCGUAGCGGGCGCAGGGAUGGGGGGAGGGGCCCCUUAUUUUAUUGUAUUAUGAUUUUUUUUUAUUAUUAUUAAACUUUGGAGGUUA